GCCAUAAAAACAUAAGAAGAAGAAAAAGAAGAAGAUCCAAAUACUAAUAUUCUGAAUGGAGUACUCAUAACUCACUCCGCUUGAUAAUGUUCAGUCGCUUUGCUGAAAGCUCGGGAGUGAGUGACACUUCUAAGGCGUCACUGACCUGUUUUGGAACUACAAAUUACUAACAUAUCCUCGUAUUGCUUGAUCCGUGAUUAAUGGAUGCCACCUCUAACGUAGCAACGUACCGCGAAUGUUAGCCCGAGCCUUAAAGACGGGCUAAAUACACUUGGUGCUAGCAACGCUAGCUGUGUUGUUCUAGUCGCAGUCUUAACAGACAACCGAGCGUCUUCGUUUAAGUCUUCUAUGCCGGCUAAUAUGGCACACAGGAAAGAAGUGUUCCAGUCAAAGGUACUCCAGAAGCUUUACCCUGCAACCCCUAAAUCGGACAAGGAACCCAGCUCAGCGUGCACAGUGGCAGCUGUAGCCCCAACAAUAUGUACGAAAAGAAAAGCUUCCCACAGUCAUGGUAAUAUAGAAAUGACACCAAGUGUAAUCAAAACUAUGCGAAUGUACACUGUCAUACCACCUCCUGCAGACUACAAUGCAGAUCCUGGGAAAACUGUCACCCUACUCCAGCAUGAAAACAUUAUGGAAGCCUCAUCAGAACAUGACAUACAGGAGUUGAGUGAAAAACCGGACCAAGAUGUAGAAGCAGAUGAACAGAAAAAAAGAAGGAAAAGAAGAAAAAAGAGACUGAAUCUUAAAGGAGACUUGUGCACGGAUGAAGUGGCUCCAAUCAAAGACUCUCGCAUUGGUCAGAAUGAGAUGCCAGCUGAUGAGGAAGCAGUGCUCGUUAGCCGGAACAAGAAGAGGAAACUGAAGAAGAAGCGGCACAAAGAGAAGCUGCUCUCAAUGGGCUUGAUGCCUCGGGCGUCUGCUCUGGAGUUCACUUACCAAAAACAAAAGGAGGAUGGGAGAGGAUGUGAGGAUAGUUGCUGAGGUAGCAGACUUUUUGCAGAUUACAUUAGAAAUCUCUAAAUUAGAUUGUAAGUGUAGAGCUUUUUAACAUUGUUGUAUUAUUCUACGAUCAUCUGGUCGAUGUUGCGUUGUACAGGUGUGAAUUUUAUUGCAUUUGUUGGCUAACACACCUAGAAACCUAGAGAUUAAGCUUGGGCGAUAUAUCAGUUGUAUCGGAUAUAUUCAAGUUUUUUGUAACAGACGAUUUAAAAUUAAAAUAAUCUAUUUAUACUUCUCUUCUUGCUCCGGCAUACUUGCCUCUCAGCAGCUUCAGUAGCUUGCGCCGUCCCCUUACUUCCUUAUUGGCUCACAUAGCAAAACAUUGGGAAAGCUAACGGGAGCGAGACGUUUGUUUUGAAGAAAAGAAAUGUGUUGUCAGUAGUUAGGUUUUGCGACAACAGGUGUGGAACAAAUGACUGCACGGUGCAAAGUUUGUUUCAAGAAAGUAUCCCUACAUCUGAAACCGAAACCUCCAGACUACAGUUCAUUACAAGGCGAACAAGACGCAACAACAAACAAACUACAAGCUGAAAAUCACCUUACUAUGGUGGAAUCAUUUACACAAGGUAUGUAUGAUGAGAAAGAAGCGUAACGCAGGGAGUAAUCUUUCAAGCAGUUACCCAGCACGCCACCAAGAUAUGUGAAUGAAAAAGGCUGUUUUACUUUAUCUACUUACUAAAACAAAUUAUAAUCCUCAAUCCAUCCAUCCAUUUUUUACCGCUUAUUCCCUUUUGGGGUUGCGGGGGACGCUGGCGUCUAUCUCAGCUACAAUCGAUGUUUUACUUAAUUAUUUAUUUGGAUACAAUGUACUAAACUACUUUUUUAUUUACAGAAGUAUAUUAUCUAAGACAAAAGUUUACACUUUAUUGAUCUCAAUGUUGGAGAGUGUUUAUUUGAAUGUAAUGUGCAAUGCUACAUUUUUUUAACACUAGUAUUCUAUUAAAGCAGAAGUAUUGCUUCCCAAGGGAAGCUCUUAAUUUAAUUAUUUGAAAAUGAUUCCAUAAAAAGUACAAUUUAUAUCUGGUCUAAAAAGAACAUUAUACAUAUCAGAACUUGGCAAAUAGUAAGAUGCAUUGUUUUAAAAUACACAUUGUUGAUCCAAUAAAAGAAAAAACUUGUUUUGAA